AUGUCUGCAGGCGCAGGCAUCUCGCGACAGCGGUCGGUGUCGAACAAAGCCAAAGGAGUCGUGGUUCCGUCGAGCUCCAAACCGAGGCCGGCCGCCGAUGACACUUCAUUCGAUCCAUGUGCUUCGACCGCAUCCCUCUUGUUGAUCGCUCAAGGUCCCGUGGUUCUGUGUCUGCAUCAUGACACUUUAGCCCUGGAGCGACGCUUCGAGAAGCAUACCAAAGACAUCCAGUUCAUCUCCGCUGACAAUGUCAGCGAGACUGGCGCUGGCAGGUUAGUCGUAACCUAUGAUGUUGGGCAAACGGCGAUAGUGUGGGACUUGCUCACAGGCGAGCAACAUUCUCGCUUUGUAUCCUAUGAGCCCCUCAAAGUUGCACACUGGAUGAGAAAUGGAAAUAUCGCAUUUGGUAAUGUCAAAGGCGAAGUAAUCUUGUUCGAACCUUCUACCAGUGACCAUAUAUCAGCUCGCACUAUAUUUGAUCCCAUUACAGCAAUAGCACCAUCCUCAGAUUGCAAGACGUAUGCGAUAGGGUAUAAUAAUGGAUCCAUCCUAUUGGCAGCACUGCAGCCGUCUUUCACCAUUCUUCACACGUUGACGACGUCCCGUGGCCCUUCUCCCAUUAUCACUCUGACGUGGCAUGCUUCAUCCUCGAAACAGAAAUCUGAUAUGCUCGCUACUCAGACCGCAGAUGGAGAUCUCAGAGUGUGGAGUGUCUCAAAGCCGCCAACAGCAGAACCUCCCCGGGUCAUUCGUGUUCUGAAGCGUUCAGACGUGUAUGUGGCAGGCCGGAAUUGGAUCUCUUGGUCCAAGAACGGUCGCAUUGUCCAGUACUCGGAGGGCAAGACUUGGGCGUGGGAUGUCCGGACUAAGCAUGUCACCUACGAUCCUAUCCCAACGAUAGAAGGAGUAAAGGCUAUAGCAUGCUACGGACCGACUGGGACGCUCUUCACUGUCGGCCCGGAUUACACUGUGCAACAAUAUGAUAUUGAACGCGCUCAAAUGGUCGCAAAUGUUCGACAUAUGCCGACCACAAUCCCACCAACACCCCCAGCAGAAGAUGUCCGAGGUCCUCUUUGGACAACAUCCGAGAGCGAAGAAGAGCUCGCUUCUCCUCUUGUCCGUGCCCGGAGAGAGUUACGAGCAUCUGAAGCCGCCCGACCGGAGCGUAACAAUACCGCGAGUCCUCAGUCCACAAUCAGCUCACAGAGAUCCGGGAUAAAGGCCAGUAUCAACGACAUCAUCUCGCCCGCCGGUAGAACCGACAACACAACGACGUCAUUUGAUACAGGGAUCCAGUCUCAAUCGACCUCCAACCAGGUUUCUCAGUCCCCAAUUACCUCGAGAUCAAACCGAAAAGGUUCGCGCCUGAGGCAAGAAGUUAUCAUGAGUCCUGAAGAACGGCCGUUGGUAGACCUCUUUCCGUUCACUAGGGCCCGGCUGCACGAUGUACCAUAUCGACCGCCGAGAACUGUCGAUGAGACCCAUUUAACCUCCAGUGAUCUUCGAAGACAGAUGCUGAGUUGUGUAUUUGGUUGGGACGAGGACAUUCACGACCUUAUUCGUGACGAGCUGAGCCGACAUCCAAGUCAGAGCCAGAACGCAAUUUUCCUUGCUAGAUGGCUCGAUGAAGACCCUGACUACCUUGCGGAGAUCAUGGGCUCUACCAAACUUAAUUCUAAGCUCGACUGGAUGCUGCUGACUUUGGGUACAAUUAGCAACCAGGUCACCGCGAAGAAGAUAACUCAGGUCUUCAUCGAGAAGAUGCUUAGCCAUGGGGACAUACAUGCCGCAGCCACUCUGAUGCUCGCUCUCGGCGACAGAAGCGACGCUAUUGAGGUGUAUGUCUCGAGGAACCAGUAUAUGGACGCUGUUCUCUUGACGUGCCUCAUCUACCCCGAAGACUGGCAACGGCAGUCCUACCUCGUCCGCAGAUGGGGUGAACAUGUGGUGGAAAAUUCCCAACAAUCUCUCGCUAUCCGAUGCUUCUCCUGCACUGGUGUGGAACCGUCUGACCCAUGGACCUCUCCAAAAGCACGAAUGCUUGCUCAAGAGCCAGCAAAAGUUCUCAUAGAGCAGAUGCAAAGCCCGCUGCCUGCACAACUCCAGAAUCUCGAGCCGAGCGAAUAUCCAGCCAUCUACCAAAAGAUGUUGGAGAGACGGCGGACGAUCGACGCUCCGACUCCAGUCGCGAUGCCUCCGCCACAUAGGUUGCCUUCCGUGCCCACUCCCCCUACACCUUACCGGACAGCUGCGGCCCAAGGGACCAGGAUAACACCUCAGACAUCGGCACUGAAGCUCAUUACCUCGUUCGGAAUGCAGUCUAAUAAUCAAUUCAAGUUUCCAGGCCUCAAACCCGAUGACCGCACUCCAACCGUUGCUGCGGCUGUCACGCCUAUUGCGGAAUCUGCAAUUGAUAGGUCUGCUCUGUCACCAGGCGGUUUGGGCUCCUAUCGGUUAAACAACAUACGCAGCAUUAAUAGUGCUCUGUCUGCGAAGACUGCAACUCCAGGCGGCUUCCAACCCAGUCGAUUGACUUCGAUUGGCGAAACACCUAUUGAUGUGGAAGCCCCUCAUGUCUUUCCUCAACGAUCUGUCUCUGUGCCUACUGAUAUCGCCUUAUCUAAGGAUGACGAUGAGCCUCAGAUGACCCCGGCGGGAAAUGAUCCUCAGCAGAAAUCUAAACAGGGCCUUACAUUACUUACGUCCGCACGAUACGAACCCUCAGCCACCCCGGUCAAGGAAACUCCUCAAACAGCCGUCGGUCCACAGAGCGGUAUGAGGUUCCCUGCGUCAAGCGCUCGCUUUCAGAAUGCAGAGGGCGGAGAUUCAAUGUCACGACCGAGGAAUGAUUCCAAAAGCCGAAAACCGGAGGGUCUCUCGAUCCAGACGAUGGCAGUAAAACAGGUCAAUUCUCAGCCUGAAUACCUACCUCCUACUAGCUACCAGGACCCCAUCAGUCGUCCUGCUACGACUGGAACAUACUCCAACACGCAGAUCGAGACCAAUGCGGAACUCACCAGCCCCCCCACCACGGGUCAAAGUUUCAGGGAUACUACGAAAAGCCCAGCAGUCACAGGUAAAAGUAUUGAUCAGUUUAUUAGCAGCCUUGAUCAAGCACACUUUUACGAGAAGCAUGCACGAGCACGCGGUUACAGCAGCGCCAGCAAGACAUCCAGGGACGAUGUAUCGGAGAGAAGAAGGGGCAGGACCGCCACCGUCAAUGACGCAGGCGAGGGUCGACGGACUAUUCCUGCUGCUAAGCGGUCUCCCUCCUCACCCGUGCCAAUGUCUCCGGAAGACCUGCGAAUGUAUAGUACCAGUGUGGAGAGCUUCGAUUCCAUGUAUAGUUCGAACGUUUCUGGUUAUGAUCGAGUCGGAACGCCUGGCAGUAUGUCGAAGCUGAGUCGGCGUGGGUCUCACUCAACAGCCAAAGGCACAAAGCAUCGACACAGGUCUCGGUCGAAAACUCACGGGACAAGGAGCAAGGGCGGCAGUGGUAUUCCCAGCAGGCAGACAAGCCCUGACCCUGCGCUGUUCUCCCCCAGAGGCCGGAGCUCGUCGAGGCGGGAGAAAACCGGGCAUCGGUCGCCUUCGUCACCAAGACCCAUGAUUCCUUCGGAAGAGGACCUACAAAGUCGUUUCGACAAGGACUCGGCUCUAAGACUUGUCUCAAGGGAUCGACAUAGGCUACACCGCAGCACCAGCAGACAACCUCAACGUGAUACCAGCGCGAAACGAGACACUUCGCCCGACCGUCGCCGUCCACGCGUCAGAUCUCGAAGUCGACAAGCAGACGAAGCAUCAUUGAGCAGGAAAACCAGCCGCAGUGAUAGACACCGGCGGCAUCGUCGUCCAAGCGAGAUUGGCUACGAGCGCAGUGCACAUCCUGAUGAUCUUCAAGACAUGUUACCUACACUACGGACCCCGCACGAAGAGCCUAGGCCUUCAAGUCAGCCACAAACCUUCAAUGAUCGAAGCAGACAAGAGUCUGCAGCAAAGCAGCUUGAAUCUCGGAGGCAGUCCCUUACUCGCAGACCUUCAGUACCUCAUAUUCCGCUACCUUCACACGCCGGUGCCCAUGUAAAAUCAGCGUCGACUGGAAAUAUGCCUCCACUGGUCAGGGCUUAUACUGACGAUGGUUCCAUCACGAGUGCCCAGAUUCCUCCAUUACCAAUCGAAAGGGACAACACAAGCGGUGGCUUCAACCAACAACGACCUGCCACUCCGAGAGCCAUGCAAGUGGUCGAGCAUGUCCCCGGAAAUAAACUGCCAGUGCCGCCCAGUGGGACAGAGCUCUUGACCAGCGAGGUCUACCGCCCGCCCACACGGGAAGAUCUGAGCUCGCCUGGGUCUGCCCGCGCUCCUGUGUCGCUGGAAUUUCUCUCCCAGAUGCCCAAACACCCCGCCUACGACCAUCGUAUUGCUGGGAGUCGUUCAAGUAGCAAGGGUGCCGAAGCACGUGCGUCCUCGCGGAGUCGAGGUGCAUCCCGUGAUCGUGUGCGAACGUCUCCCAGAGAGCCACAGAUGCCUGUGAUGUCGUCCCCUCCAACGGACAGCUCGGCGCAGAUGGGUUCGCCUCCGCCACCGAUUCUCCCGGAACUUCAACAUCUGGUGGCACCGCCUCCGCCGCCACCGCCGCCAAAGCCAGCAGCCAUGAGCCUCGCGACCACCAGCCUUUUGAAUCUCAAAGCCUUUGAAUCCGAAGCAGCCAACGUACCACUUCCCCUGUCAGCAAUCCCCACAAGCUUCUCAGAAGCCCAACUCUCAGCGGCUCUGCCGUCGGCAGGAGGCCAUCGCCGCGGAAGGUCGGGCCAAGAGAGCAACGGCGGUGGUGGGAACGGAUCCGGGGCGCUAUUGGGCAAGAUCCGCAACUUCGCCGGCCGUGUGAGAAGUCCCAGCCGAGGACGCAAGGGUGAUGACAACCAAGCCAUGAGCCCGCGGAUGAAUUCCGACUACGCGGCUCCAUACGAGAGUAUCCCGAGUGCGACGGCCGGGAGUGUGAAUUCGUAG